AUGUAUUUGAAACGUUGUGUUGCGUGUCAAGUUCGAAAACCAUUAAAACAACCAGUUGUAUCAAAACCAAUAAUUUCACUAGGAGUGAUGACUAGACUACAAAUCGAUUUCAUUGAUAUGCGUACAAGACCGGAUGUAAUUUCAAGUGCUGUCGUGUAUCGUUGGAUUUUGGAUUGUAUUGAUCAUUUUUCUACAUGGUCUUUUCCAUUAGAAAAUAAAUCCACUGAAGAGGUUGCUUCUAAACUCCGUCAAUUAUUUUUCACUUUUGGACCUCCACAUUUGUUACAUUCGGAGAAUAGAGCUGAAUUUGUAGCACAGAUUAUACUUGAAUUGAAAAGCUUGUUUCUAGACAUGUGUUUCAUUCGAGGAAGACCCAGACAUCCUCAAAGUCAAGGCUGUAUUGAACGUACCAAUGGUGUUUUAAGUAUUGCAUUGGGUAAAUGGUUAGAUACGAACAAUUCAAUUCAUUGGUCAGAUGGUCUGCUACCAGUGGUUUAUGGAAUCAAUACAAGAGCAUCAUCAACGACAAAAACAACACCAUAUGUAAUAAUGUUUGGUCAACGCCCACGAUCGGAUUCCGAUUUUUGGAAAAUUGUAAAAGAAUGUGAUAUAAUGGAUGAAGAACAGUUACCAACUCCAAUCGAACUCGCUGAUGUUGUUGUUGAUGAAAUUGUUGAAAAACCAACUAUAAAUGAAACUGUGACUGACGAUUUUGAUAAACAAAGAGAAAAUGAUAAUUUAACUAUAGAUAAUUUCAUUCCUG